UCGAUCUGUCAACGUGCAGCAGUCGAAGGAGCAGCCGCCUCAGCAAAAGAACCCAAACACUUGGCCGCGGAACAUUUUGAUAUUUGAUUCAUCUCGUGUAUCGUCUGUACAUUAAAGUGCAUUAAAACUCCGGGGUGAUAGUUUAUCAUUUCGGAAAGUUUACUCGCUAUUUUUGUGCUUUUCGGGAGUUUUUCCUAUCGUCAAUUGUAAUAAGCUCAGUCAGACGUGUGCCGUGCCCCCAGCAUCACAAUGAACACGCUCAAUGCCCAUCUCCUGCUGCUGGCCCUGUGCUGCGUCGGCUAUAUCGCCUGUUCGCCGGUCAUAGGCCAGGAGCAACGCAGCCCAGUCUCCGGCGAGGGCGAUGCCGACGGCCUGCUCGGCGCCGACGAGAUGGCCGAUAACGGCGCCGACAUUGACAAGCGGGUAGAACGAUAUGCGUUCGGAUUGGGCCGUCGCGCCUACAUGUACAACAACGGCGGACCGGGCAUGAAGCGGCUGCCGGUGUACAACUUUGGCCUGGGCAAGAGGUCGCGUCCGUACUCCUUCGGCCUGGGCAAGCGCAGCGACUACGACUACGAACAGGACAACGAGAUUGACUACCGAGUGCCGCCAGCGAACUACAUGGGAGUGGAGCGAGCGGCUCUCCGCCUUGCAGUCCGACCUGGCAGACAGAACAAGCGAACGACGCGUCCGCAGCCCUUCAACUUUGGCCUCGGGCGGCGUUAAGUCCAGCCGCGGCGCAGGAUGACGCCUCAAGUGGCACACUAAACCAGAUCCAGCCGUGUGCCAAUUGGGCCAGAAACCUACUUAACUAUCAAUUCAAGUAUUUGCAAAGGGCUCUAGGACUCUUGUAUUGUAAAACUUCUCCAAGAACUAAUCUAAAUGUCAUUGAAUCCACCUGCACGCCCUUCGUCCCACAGAAUAUUCUAUAAUAAAGCAUACCGAUAAACAUUAUGAUUUCCAAACUAGUUUACUAACUCCAGACGUUCAACGGCGGCAACUAGCAACAGUUAAAAAGGCAAUAUAAAAUUGCAUAAAAAACCCAAAAAAAAGAAAAAACGAAAACAAAGAAAAGAAAGCUCAAAGGAUGAGAACGAAACUCUGGCGUGUGCAAUUAUCAAGGAAGAAAUACAUAGAAUGUUAUACGAAUAUAUACAUAUAUAUAUGCAUAUUCAAUCCAAUUUAGAGUACACAUUUUAAUGGGGCAUUAGCUAAUACACACACACACACAGAUAUAUACCUAUAGAUACAUAUAUUGUACUUGGGGCACUCUCUCGAGUCUGCGAGUGGCAUUUCGUUGCAACCAAAAUAACCGAAAUUGAGGCGCAUAGAAGGACAAACUUGAAUAUUGGGAAUAUACACAAGUAGCAUACUAAUAUUGAUGUAUCAAAGUGAUUAUUAAUUUAACUAUCUAUAUAUACAUACAUACAUACAAAAUAUAUGUAAAUGUUUUGUGAAUACAUGCAUCUAU